AAAAUGUCGGCCCCCUGGCUCGCCCUAGACCCCCGCUGGCUGCGCCCACUCCUCACCCUCGCAUUUCUGACGACGCUCAUUCACGCACAAUGCGAACUGCCGGCGCACUGGCGAGGAGGCUGGUUCCAGAGCGGCGCCAGGGAGGUCAUUUCCAUCACCAGGGCAGAGUUCUCCUCGAAAGGCCUGUGUCUCAAGUCCUCCGGCGAGAAAUUCCUCUUCAAAGACAGAACGGAAGGAUGUUUCCGAUGUGUCGUGAUAAGCGAAAAACACCCUAAUAUCCUUCAGUACAAAGAAACCCUGUGCGAGAACAUCAACGACCUGGCGGACCUGUGUGCGCUGAUCACCGGCGAUGCCCUGCUCUUCUCGAUGUUCCGCCGCGACGCCCGCCCUGUGCCCUGCCAGUUCAAGGGCCCGCUGACCUUCGGGUACCAGAGGGGGCAUGGGCAGUGCAACUCGCCCGCCUCCACCAUCGACUCCUGCACGAGUGAGAGUCGGCUGCUCUUCAAGUACCAGGCGUGUCCGGAUGUCCAGGGCACGGAGAGUUCGGUGCAGGAGGUCGAGUGUAUCGGCCACUGGAAGGAGGGCUCGACGCGGUACUUCGUGGGGCGUCUCGAAGGGCGCCGCGCCGACGAGGACCGCUACCGCUGCUUCGCGUGGGAGAGGGCGAGGGAGGUCGAGGGCCGCGUCGAUUAUCACAUGGCGCUCUCGGGGGAUGCCACGUGCAACGGCGUCUUCUCCGCGCAUGAUGGGUCGACGACGCUCAAGAUCAAGAAAGCAGGCAGUUACAGCGGCUGCGAGUUUCCCUCCUGGGUGACGAGCCAUCGCCGCUGGCACGCCCUCGACAAGGGUGCCUCCUACUCCGUCGCCCACCACAACACCACACUCAAGCUGCACCACGCCCACACGUCCCGCGCCCAACCCACGCCCCUCGGACUCACUGAUCAGGAAGCGGACGAGGAACGACCCCACGUGGCCUACGGGACAGCGGAAGCACGACUAGUGUGUUACGAGCAGAGGGAAGCAACGCCGUCUAGAGUUGUUCUGGUCACUCACACCACGACAGGAUGUUCGAGUGGGUACAUGUGUACCGUACUGUACCGUAGGGAGGGGCACAUUAUUGAAAUGCAACAAGGAUCACGCGCUAUCAGACCCCAGGAUGCCUGUCGACCGACUUACUUCAAUGCUUCCACGGCACCGCAUACAACUUUGACGAGCGGUUCUCCCUCCCGCCGGCCGUGCCCCUUCGUCGGCGUGUGGACGGCGGUGGAGGGCGACUGUGACCAGGACGUGACUCACCUGAGGGCGGGAUGCGUAGCCCUUCACGCCCUCCAGUUCGUCCACGCCUGCUCAGGGGAGGCGGCCAAGCAUUCGUACGUGUGCCACGGCCACUGGGCGGAGGGCGGGUCUGUGUUUGUCGUCGCCUCGCCCCACGACCGCCCCAGCCACCGCCUCUGCCUCACCGCGACCUCCAUCACCAACAACAACAGCAACAACAACAACAACAACGGCAAGAACAACAGCAGCAGCAAGACGCUACAGGUCACGGCGCAUGCGCACUCCUGCCCGCGUCGACACGUACCUCCGACCACGACUCUUAGUCUGAACCUGACUGCACAAGGUGAAUGCACUGUGGCAAGCGGCAGCAGCCGUCUCUCUCCCGCCCAACUGUUGCUCUCCAUUCUCGCUGUUCUGUGUUUCGUCGUACGUCUGGAAGGCGCGGGCUGCUGCAGUGAAGCGAAGGGUUCCAGAUGAAGUUCUUGUACGGCAUCCGCAGACGACGAGGGUCUUUCAACCUCUCCCAUUGUAAUCUAAGAGAAUCAUUUGUAUCCAUUUUUUUUCUCUCUUAUUUAUAUAUAUAUAAAAGAAAUCUUUGUUAUCAUGAUUGGAGGACCACUGAUAGUCUUAUUUUAAGCUUAAAAAAGUAUAUAUGUGGAUGUACUGGUACGAAAAAAGAGAGUAGCCCCUAUUACGCCACCAUAAUGUUAGUCGUCGCACCGUAAUAAUGAGGAAUAGUCUGUGACUAUUUUUAUUCAAGAAUUUUAUAUGUAUUGCAUAAUGAUAUAUAUUCUUUUAAAUGUUCCUGACUAACUCGAAAGCAGUUGAGGUAUAUUUUGAUAACCAUAGGUAGAUAGCACAACCGUACAGAUCCGGUAGACGGAGAGGGAAUGAUAUAGCGCGAGAGAGAGAGAAAAAAAAGAGAGAACGAGAGAGAGAGAGAGAUUAAGCUAACAGAGGGUUUGUAUGAUGCCUAUACGUCCUACAUUUAUAGAAGCACAUGAACAAUAAUAAAGAAAAAAGAUACAUUUGUACACCUAGUCAAGGGAGGGCAGGAGCUUGGCCAGGUCCUCUUUAAAAUAAAUAAAAGAGGAAACGCCAGAAGGAAUGCCAUGGCGCCAUCGCACCUUCUUGGCUCGCUCAGAGGACUCCCACGGCUCCUGCAGAGGUCGGCGCAUAGGGGUUCCUCAAGGGGAGAGUCCCUUGCCGAUCGCGCGUGCUGGGGGUCCGUCGCACGCCGCCGCUUCCCCGUCUCCCCUUCGAAAGAGGACCCCCGCAUGGAAAGACCCCCAAGGAACUGACCCCGAAAGACUCGUGGUCCCUGAAGACUCCAGAAGGGCGGGGUCACCACUGCGCUGGCUGUUGUCCCUGUAGUUGAAGGAAUUCCGGUCCCGUGUGCUGCAAAAAAAAACGUCGUUCUAUUUGUAAAUACUGUAUCAUACACACUUAGGUUAGGUGGCAGGAGACUGAUGAUGGCUUAGGACAUAUAGCAUAUUCCGAUCCAUCUUGAGGGUGUGGGAUAGCCAGGGGGUCCUGCGAAGGAGGCCCUGCAGGCUCAAGGAGAACGAGGGAGGAGGAGGAGGAAAAGAGACCCUCGCACGCUCCGAGGACCUCCUCUUGUCUCUCUCUCCUUGACCUGCCGCCCUGAAAUCUCCGUCGCGUGAACUGUGAAUUCGAGGAUGACCUCUGACCUCAGCCUCAAAGGGGCGAGAGGUUCGAGGGCGACUUCAGGAUGCUGCGGCUCUCUUUGUUAGGGAAGUUGUGUAUUGGUGAUAUGUCGGAUAUUUGCACAAAGGGGUUCAUUUAGUAGUCUGUUGCAGCAUCACUGAGGUCUUUUCCUCGAAGGCGAGUUCAUGUUGGUUGGCUUUACACUCAAGCAUACUGGCUGAUGUACAGAU